AUUCUUCAACACCCUCCUGCAUCAUGGCUUCCACUCAGGCGCCCAACAACCCCGAGACCCUUGCCCACGUCCAGAAGUUCUGGGAGGCCAGGAAGCCAAAUAGUCCCAUCUACCAGUUCCUGCUUGACGACAUCAAGCUGACCUAUGCCUCAAAAGGUGUCGUGCGAGCGCGACUGCAUUUGAGCCAGAACCAUGUCAACACUCACGGAGGCAUUCAUGGCUCGGUGUCUGCUACCCUCAUUGACUGGGUUGGUGGCAUUGCGAUCGCAGCGUGGGACAACCGCGAGAAGGCUGGCGUGUCCACAGAUAUUCACAUCUCAUACGUGAGCUCAGCAAAGGCCGGCGACUGGGUCGAGAUUGAGGGCAAGUGCGACAAGGUCGGAGGUACACUGGCAUUUACUACUGCCACAAUAUGGAAGGUGGUCGAUGACCAGCCAGGGCCUGUUGUUGCUACAGGAAGCCAUACAAAGUAUGUCAAGGUUUAGGCGAGGGAUCACGCUGUCUUCUUUGAGGUCUCGUCCGCGCCCCAUGGAUGAUCGAACUCCACUCGGAUUGCGAAGAUUGACGGUGCUUGAACUGGACGCCUCUGCGACAGCCGUCAGGCUCUGGGGUUUGAACGGUGAUAGCGCCUACAUUACAGGGUACAAAUAGAAUCAAUGAAGGUUACCGACACCACGCACCCAAACAUAU